ACGGAUAUAAUAUAUCUUGGUGUCCAACGACGUAAGGUUACAAUACAGCCACAAUACAGUUCCAGCAAGAAUGUAAUUAGUUUGGGGGAUUUGUGGUUUUGUCAGAAGGUUGAUUGAAACAUAUGACGUCCCGUUAUCUGCGAUCCUCCCAAACCCUGCGAGUGUGUGCUGUCAGCGCGCAGAUGCGCAAGUUGUCUGGGAUAACUCUCGGUCACGUGACUUCCUGCGGCGACAGAGCGCUGCUGCAGUUUUCUCGUCGGGCGCGCUCGGUGUACGGUGUGGAAAUUCCGUCAUGAACCGAACAACGGCGGCAUGAAGCUGCACGCUGAAAACGGCACGUGAAUUGCUGCGCCGCCCGUCAACGGUUACCCGUCUCCGCAGACCAGUGGAUUAACGGCCGUUUCUCUGUGGGAUUUAAAGCAAGUGCGAUCCAGGGAUAAGUUUGUUCACUCUGUCGGGUGGAGGUGAGCGGGACACCAGGAGCGAGCAUGGCGGAGAGAAGUGGCCGUUUGAGCUUUCCUGGGAGCGGGGCCCUAAACAGACCCGUGCCUAUGAACCUUUUCGCCACCUGGGAGAUAGACGGCUCCUCUCCAAACUGCAUUCCCAGGUUGUGCAGUCUGACAUUGAAGAAGCUUGUUGUGCUGAAGGAACUUGAUAAGGAGCUGAUUUCUGUUGUCAUCGCAGUUAAGAUUCAGGGUUCGAAGAGAAUCCUGCGUUCUCAUGAGAUAGUGCUUCCCCCUGCUGGUGGGGUGGAGACUGAUCUUGCUCUCACAUUCUCACUUCAGUACCCUCAUUUUCUAAAGAGAGAAGGAAAUAAGUUACAAAUCCUGCUUCAGAGGCGGAAGAGGUAUAAAAACCGAACCAUUUUGGGUUACAAGACAUUGGCAGUGGGUUCCAUAGACAUGGCAGAGGUGAUGCAGCAUCCGGCAGAAGGUGGGCAGGUCUUGGCUCUGUGCAGUAAUCAGAAAGAGUUUCUUGGUAAAGUUGCAGAGAUUUGGAUCUAUUCCCUGUCCAGUCAGCCAAUAGACCACGAGGAGGCAGCCAUUUUGGGACAGAAAAUAAAAUGUUCUGAUAAUUACUCCGAGGAAGAGUAUGAAAGCUUCUCAUCAGAGCAGGAGGCCAGUGAUGAUGCAGCACCGGGACAGGAUCUAGAGGAUGAUGAAUAUGAGAUGAGGAAGCCCAAAAAGCAACGGAGGUCUAUAGUCCGAACGGCGUCGAUCACCAGGCAGCAGAACUUUAAGCAGCGCGUUGUAGCGUUGCUCAAACGGUUCAGAGUUUCUGAGGAGGUUUUGGACUCUGAGCAGGACCCAGCCGAGCCUCCUCCAGAGGUGGAAGAAGAUCUGGAUCUGGAGAGUUUAGAUUUUGAGAAUCCAAGUGACAGUGGGCCAGAUCUGGACGAUGAUGAAAGCGUUCUGAGCACUCCAAAGCCAAAACUCAAGCCAUACUUCGAAGGGAUUUCUCUCUCAAGCUCUCAGACAGAAAUCGGCAGCAUUCAUAGCGUCCGCAGUCACAGGGAACCCCCCAGUCCGAUGGAUCCUGAUAAAAUGAGGGUUCUAUGUGGGAAGUUUCAGAUGGAUAAUGAAUCUGAUAAUGUUUCACUGGAUCAUCCUGAGGUUGUGACCCCAACAACAGAGCUGGAGAUGAUGGACAACAUGGACACUUUCUUGGAGAGGUUGCCCCCUAUUGGCAGGAUGACCAAAACAGAAUCACUUAUUAUUCCAUCCAACCGGGGGGAGCCAAAGUUGGCAGGGCGACGAGGGCGGAGCACAUCCCUUAAAGAGAGACAGCCCAGCAGACCGCCCAAUGAGAGAGCCAACAGUUUAGACAAUGAGCGCUCAAUGGAGACACGCUGCCACCUACAGAUUCCACGCAAAACCGUUUACGACCAGCUGAACCACAUCCUGAUGUCAGAUAGCCAUCUACCCGAUAGCAUUAUCCUUAUCAACACCUCUGAAUGGCAGGGUCAGUAUGUAUCGGAGGCACUACAGAAUCACGGUUUUCCCGUCGUGUGUACGUGCACCAACGCAGACAUACAGGCUGCUUUCAGCACCAUCAUCUCCCGCAUACAGAGAUUCUGUAACAGUAACUCAGUGACUCCGUCUCCAGUGCGGAUCGGAGUUGCCGGCGCACAGCAUUACCUGUCUGCUGUUUUGCGUUUGUUUGUGGAUCACCUGACGCAUAAAACUCCCGACUGGCUUGGAUACCUACGAUUCCUCGUCAUCCCUCUCGGAGUUCAUCCAGUGGCUAAAUAUCUGGCCAGUAUAGACUACAGAUAUAACAGCCUGUUCCAGGACUCCGCAUGGAGAGAUCUUUUCCAUAAACCAGAAGCUCCGAACUCCGUUCAGGACAGCCCUGAUGUGGUUUCCAGGGUAACGCAGUACAUGUUGGGGGCAAAUGGAGCUCACCAGCUGCCCAUAGCAGAGGCCAUGCUCACCUACAAACAGAAGAGGAAAAAGAGCUUUCAUUUUGAUUUAGCAGUAAGCCCUGAUGAAGACUCGUGUCAGAAGUUCAUUCCUUUCAUUGGGGUGGUAAAAGUGGGGAUCGUUGAACAAACGUCUGCCACAUCUGGCGAUUCAGAUGACGCUGCUACUGUGGGGUCUGCUCUUCUCUCCUCAACUCCUCCUGCACAAAUCUCCCCAUUAUUAAAAGAAGCAUCUCCAACACCUCCUUCAUCUCCCUCUGUACAGAUAUCCAGUUCUCCUGGAGGGGGCCACGGGGAGCUGAUGGGACUUCAGGUUGAUUACUGGAUGGCUCCGUCUGAGAGAAAAAAAGAAGUGGAGAAGAAGGACUCCAAAAUCACCCUCAAGUGCACCUUUCGCUCCCUACAGGUUAGCCGCCUCCCACAGGGCGGAGCCGAAAUGACACAUCAGCCAACCAUGUCCAUGACAGUUGUCACCAAAGAGAAGAACAAGAAAGUGAUGUUUUUGCCUAAAAAAACCAAGGAUAAAGAGGCGGAGUCAAAGAGUCAGGUGAUUGAAAGCAUCAGUCGACUCAUCUGUACAGCCAAACAACAGCAGACCAUGCUUAAAGUGUUGAUAGAUGGAGUGGAAUGGAAUGAUGUGAAGUUUUUUCAACUCGCCGCUCAGUGGUCGUCUCAUGUGAAACAUUUCCCCCUUGCCAUUUUCGGAGCCUCCAAAGGGCCUUACUGAAUCUGCACUCCUCUAUGCUACGGCUGCCUUUACUCUCAAUGCUGCCUGAUGUUUUUAUUUAAAAAUGUGCGUUCUCACAGUUUGCAACUGUUUUUUUAUUUUAAGACAUUGGUUGUUGUUUUAUGAAAGACUUGAUGCCAUUUUAUGUUGAGCUUUUAGAACCCUCCAGUGUUUAGUAGUGAAAUGAAAACUAAUGAACUGAUUCUUAAAACCGAUUUAACUCCGUAACUAGUGAGUUUUAGGUGUUUUUAGUCAUUUUGCAAAGCUGUCUUAACACAUCUCAGCAUCAGCACACUGGCGAAAGACCAAACCAGCGAACUGAAGAGAACACAGUGCUUUUGUCAUACAAAAAAGACUGAAUCUGAACUAAAUUUGUUGAGGAUUGAUUUUCCGUUUGGAGUUUUCGUGUGAUGCCUUUGCUUUAUCCAGAAGACUCCAGAUUGUACAGCUUCGAUUGUGAGGUUGUAGAAAAGAAUGUGACGUUUUCUCUUUCCUCAUCUUUUAUUUGCACCAUACGGACUCUCCCCAGUUACACAGUUAUGCGUGUGCAGCACAUUUUAAAUGGUUUCUGAUGUCUAUUUUUUCCGUGUAUGUGUGUGUGAAUGUAUUCACGGAAGGUACUGAACGCUAAAGCACUUUUGAAAUAUUAAUACAUUGUGUUUUUGUUAUGAUGCUUAUUAUACUGUUCACUCCAGCUAAAAACUGCAGCAAAGCAUUGUGGAAAAUCUGCAGAAUCUGAGCUGAGUGUCUGUGGCUGCUGUCACACCUGCACUCUUUAAAAUGUUUUUUUAUUGAACAAAAUUCUUAAUAUGUUCUGCUUUCUUUUUUGGCUUUUUAGAGAUUUUUCUUGUUAGAUAUCCAAUGUUUCCCCAGAGAUGCGGUGUUGGAUUUUUGCCUAGAAAGUCUCUGGUCUGCAGGAGAAUCUUUUGAAGAGUGAAUCUUGCCAAAAAUGUCAAAGAGGAUGUCUGAAUUCCACCCCAAAAUAAAAAAACAAAUCUAACCCAAAAUAUAUAUUAAUCAUCAUACAGUAUAUUUUUACUGUAAAACAAAUCUAAUUAAAACCACGGUUUAGACAAAAUUUAUUAAAAAAACUUUAAAAAACUCAAAGGCUUUGAUUUUGGGGUGAAAUAUGACAUGGACAUAUUUUCGAGUGACUCGCCUUAAAACGCUAAAUAGAGGAGCCACAUACAUAUUCCUUUAAUCUCACUAAAUGUAGCAUAAGAAUUACUGUGUGCAUUAGGUGCCUGUAGGUGUCAAUAGCACAAGUAGUUGUUAAUGUGUCAGUGUUAUAAUGGCAUUAGAAAUAAAGUUUUCAUAAGGCCUUUUAUAGUCUCUGAACAUUCUCAUGGCAUCUCUUGCAGGAUUGUUGUUCGAUUUGCUUAGUCCUUAUUACAUGUAGAGCAGUUUGUGUGACUCACUUGCUCUUUAGAAUGCCAAAAUAUGUCAAAACUAACAAAUCAACCCCUUUAAGGGAACUAUCCAUAAUUCAGUCCACUGACUCACACUUGUUAUGCCGAAUGUAAUUAAAUGGCAGACCAGUGCAAUGAUGUCAGUGUUCUUUUCUGGUCAUUAAAAAUUAAGUUGAAUUUAAUGGAAUAGGUUCACGCUUGAACGGACUGUAAAAGGUUUAUAAUUUGUCAUAUACACAGUAUGUAAGGAGUUGUGCUGAUGAUGUCAGCUUAUUGUCAACGUUGUGCUAAAGGACUGUCUCUUUGCUGUUUUAAUUUGUACCUGCCACUAGUAUUCGUUUUUUUAAAUAUAAUUUAAAUAUAUUUUAGCUUUAUAAUUGAAAUGCCCUGCUCCAAUUGUGGGGUAUUACUCAGAUAAAUUUGUAUGAAAAGAAUACUAUACCACUGUAAUUCCUGAACUGUAAUUUAAUAAAACUACACACAUUAAACUUA